GCGAACCAGAUGGUAGAGGUAUGGCUCCACAGGACUGCCUUUACAAAUUUAUGCAUGUUGAUUAUGAAAUUGUUGCCGUUAAAGGCUACGACGUCAAUGCUGAACGAGUUUUAAUUUCAAAAUCGAAUUAUUCUUUUGAAGAUGAGGAAAAGUUGGGGCUCAGAGCGUGUGAAUUUGGAGCUUUAUUGGCUAGUGAUGGAUCUUUGCAUUUACAAUGUUUUGUAAAAAUUGAAGCUUUUAAUUUAAACGCUGACAUACAGAAAAAAUACAAGGAGUUGUUUGAACAAGCAAAUUGGACUGAUUACCAGAUACAAGUAAUUAGUGAGGAGAAUGAAGUUGAAGUAAUUAACGUGCACAAAUCUAUCUUGUCAAACUAUGGAAUAUUUCAAGCAAAGUUUAGGAGUAAUCCAACACAAAAUCAAAUGCGUAUCACUGAUUCCUCAGCAAUAGCUGUGAAAUGUUUUCUCUUGUAUUUAUAUUGUGGUGAAAUUCAAACUGAACUCUGGGAUGAAUAUUGCUUUGAAAUAUUAAUAUUAGCCGAUAAAUUUGUAAUCGAAAGUUUACGCCACAAUGCAGAAUGUUACGUGGCAAGUAAAAUCUCUGAUUUGGAUGAUAUUUACCGACUUUGUGAAGCUUUGGAAAAAAUUGAAGCAUGUAGACGUUUCAUUCAAGAAAACCAGGAGGGAGUGGACAACGAAUUCUGGAAUAAAAUUCGAGACAAAUGGCCGAGGGCUCUGGAACUUCUCAGAGGACGUUAAUUUAUACUU